GUCUUGGUCAGACAGCCAGGUGGGCGAUCGAUCGGUAAGCGGCGAGGCGAGGGCUUCGGAGUUCGGUUGACAGAGAAGAAACGAGAGCGAUGGGGAAGACGCCGGUGCGUAUGAAGGCGGUGGUCUAUGCGCUGUCGCCGUUCCAGCAGAAGGUGAUGCCCGGGUUGUGGAAGGAUCUAACUGGCAAGAUCCACCACAAGGUCUCCGAGAACUGGAUCAGUGCUACCCUCUUACUCACCCCGCUAGUUGGUACCUACAGUUAUGUCCAAUAUUACAAGGAGAAAGAGAAGCAAGAACAUAGGUACUAAGGGCUGGAAUGGUUCAGGAGGCCUUUCAGAGUUAUCUUCCUCUAACUUGGAAGUGCAUCUUUCAUAUGAAAUCUACUUCAAUGUUGGCCCUUUUCUAUUUUCUCCAAUAAUUAAAAUGUGAACAAGGUGAUGCUUGAACAAUCUUUUUUUUUUUUUUGUGUGUGGAAACUAGAUAUUUAUUAUCUUCGUGUUGCAUUUCAGUUAUGUUUAUUGUAUUGGUUGAACUAUAA